AUGAACCGGCUCGAUACCCUCCCACCAGAGGUUCUCUUCAACAUUCUCUCGUACACCGAGCCCAUCUGUAACCUCAACCUCACGUCUUACCCACUCAAUGCACUCGCCGCUACCAACAAACAACUCAAUGCCGUGGUCGAAGAAUACGCGCGCAACCUCCUCAAACGCCAUGCCGACAUUGUACCACCGCGCAAUGCAAGAGUCUUCACAUGCCGCCGCAAAUGGCUAGCCGAAAUAUGUUACUUCUGCAAGAAACCCAGUAAAAGGAAAGCCUGUCUUUACAAGACACUCGUAUGCUGUUUCAAAUGCGACAAAGCCGAGUUUCCAAAGAUGGUACAUUUCCAAUUCCCCUCUUCAACCUGUCCAGUAGACGACAAUGCUAACAAUACAUCCUCACAGACAAUGACUCAAGCAAUCCAAGAAACCCACCUCUCGAAACUCGACCUCUUCACGCCCUCCCCACUUCAUCCUACCCUUCCACCUCUACCAACUGGUCUCUACCACUGCAUGGGCGGCACUGCAACCAUGCUCUCCACCCCGCACGUCCAAGCCCGCAAGACCUACAUCCACACGCUCCUCGGCUCCAAAGCCACUGACGAGUCAUAUUUGCGCCCGCGCCCCUCGGCCCACGAGCGCAUAAUCAAGCACCUAAACAUUGAGUACUUUGAAGGGCGUGGGUGGUGGCAAGCGCCGGACAUGGAAGACGAGGACUCUUGCGAAGAGGAUACUGGAGAAGGAGAGGGAAAGAAGAAGGCUAAAGGGCCGUAUAGUAUGAGGAGUGCGGAGAGUAGGAGGGCGUAUGCUGAGAAGGGGCUGAAGAAGGAGUGGUUGGCGUUGGGUAUGGAAGAGCAUGAGAAUUUUAUGGGUGGUGUGAAGAGGAGGAGGGGGAGGGUGGGGAUAGGAUGGAAGAACAAGGGAGGUGAUUCUAGGGAGAGUGCGAUUGCGAUUGAUUAA